AGAGGUGCCAAUGGCGAAUGGCCUAAUCCGAUAGAUUUGAGAACCACAGAGGAAGACGUGAAACUUAUUCUGGAUCUGCACAAUGACCUCCGUCAGAGAGUCGCAUCCGGUAAGGAAAUUCGAGGUUCACCUGGCCCGCAACCGGCUGCUGGAUUCAUACCCAACUUGAAAUGGAGUGAAGCACUGGCUAAUGCCGCUUGGGUAUGGGCGCAACACCUGAGAUACAAACACGAACCGGAGCCAUUUGCAUAUGGCCAAAAUCUCGGAAUGAUAUUUAGUUCACACCUGGUAAACACGUCAGACUGGACCAGCAUUAUUAAUGGCAAGGAUGGCUGGUCCCAGGAAGUUGAUUUUAUAUGGACUGCGGCAAGAUUGAGGAUUUCAAGUAACACUGUCAGUUCACGUACACGUACUGUCUGUUUUUUAAACCUAUUUGAUAUUGAACUCGCAUCGCUGGAAGUGGUUGCCAAAGUGGAAACAACGGUAAAGUUAUUGGCCAUUACACGCAAAUGGUUUGGGCUGAAACUACUCACAUCGGCUGUGCAGCUAUUGGAUACUACGACGAUUACAACGGAUAUCCUUUCACGCCCGGACAACCUUACAAACAGUUUUACGUCUGCAAUUACAGUUCUCGGGGGAAUGCCCCGAAUAAACCGGUCUACAAAGUGGAUUACGCAUCCUCUUCCCAUUGUCCAAAUUAUCCUGAAUAAACCUGGCAAUUGAUUACGCAGAAUAUUUUCUUAUCUGUAGUAUUUGAAUUAUUGUCGUGAAAAGAACAAGAUAAGCGUAACUAGAAUCAAUUUGUAUUAAUGAUUACACGUUUGCUUCGAUGA